AUGUCAAGGAUGCGUGUUGAUAAAUUGUUGGUCACGCACAUAAAAUCUAUUAGAGGGGAUUUAAAAAUUGCAGUAAGUCAUUACAAUAAAGAUUCACAAUCAAAUCAAAUAAACAUAAAUGUUGAUGAAUCGAUCACUAGUACUGAAAUUCAUAUAGAAGAAAAACCAUCAAAUACUGACAAAACAGUGCAUGAAGACAUUAUAAUAGAUGAAAAAUCAUUAAGUGAUGUAAGUGAUGAAAAUCAAGCAAACAGUCAAGAUUUUUUAGACGAUAACAAUUCAUCAAGUGAUUCAGCUACUAAUAACGAGGAAAUUGAAAUUGAAAAUUGGAAAAAUAAAGCGUACUUGCCAAGUAAACCACCAAAAAAAAUUAAGCGAUCAAAAUAUUUAAAUAGCCAUCCAGAAAUUAAAAUUAAACAGAAAAUAAAGCAAAAAAUUGUUAAACACCGGUUAGAUAUAGUGAAAAACGGAAAUUUAGUAGGUCCAUUAUCAAUUGGCUCAAACAAAAAUAAGAAAAAAUGUAAGGUUAUAAAUACAUGUGCUUUUGAUUCUAUAUUACAAGCCGUAGCAACAGCCUACCUGGAUUCACAAAAUUACGCUGAACUUAUAGAUACAAUCAAUUGUUCUAUAUUAAACAUUGCAAGUAGAUUGGUACAUAAUGGCACAAAUAACCAACUCUAUAUUGAACGAUUUGAGUUACUAAAACAAUAUACUAAAAAAAAUAUACUUGUUGGAAAUCUCAUAGAAUAUGACGCAAGAGGUAACGUAGCGAUUCUUGCAGAAAGACUUUUCAUUAAAACUCCUAGCAUUCAUCAAUUGUAUACUUGUGACAAUUUUAAAUGUGGGCAAACUAUUAAAAAUAUUUCACUAUUUCCAAUUGAUCAAGGAAUACUGAUGACAGGUAAAAAAUAA